UUACUCAGUGCAUACGAGUGUCCAAUCAGCGCUAGCAAUUCGUACGUGUUUCAAAGUCAUGAACAUGAACCGAUGAAGUAGAUGAUGCAGAAACUCAGAGAAAGCAAACACUAAUUAGAAAAUUACAAUAAUUUGAGAAAAUCACCAUUGGCGCAAAGCAAUUAUUAUAAUUAGUUGUGAUUUUUUUGUCUUUUUAUAUAUGAAAAUAAUUUCAAUAUAUGUUUAUUUAAAUUUAAGGGCAUGGCAAUAAUUUAUAAACAAAUUAACUUUCAAAACACUGAACUUCUGCAAGUUUUACCUUGUAAUAUAGGCAAUCCAAUGUACUUUUUGAUCAAGUUUUGUGCAGUUUGUACCCCACACAGCAGUUAAAACUAAUAGAACUAUUAAACAGCAUUGUCAUUUAAUAUUAUUACAAGUACUACAAGUACUUGACCUGUAGUGAAACCAGACUAAACAAUCAGGCUAUAGUUUUAUUCCAUAACUUUCCAAAAACUCAUUGGGCAUCCAAACAUUUUUAUUUUUACAACUUUUUAUAUAUCAGUGAAAAUGGGUAAAUUAGAACUUGCUCAAACACUGUCCAAACACACUGGCAGAGUGUGGAAUGUGGCGUGGCACCCCAAAGAGAAUGCUUUUGCUUCCUGUGGAGAAGAUAAAACUAUAAGAUUGUGGAAGAAAGACGGUGCCGGCUAUGUGAACAAGGUUGUUCUCACCGAUGGACACAAACGCACAAUUCGUGAAAUCGCCUGGUCGCCUUGUGGCAACUUCAUUGCAGCUGCCAGUUUUGAUGCAACCACAUCAAUUUGGGACAAGAGAUCAGGUGAAUUUGAAUGUAACACAACACUUGAGGGACAUGAGAAUGAAGUGAAAAGUGUAACAUGGUCAAAGAGUGGUCAUCUACUUGCUACUUGCAGUAGGGACAGAUCUGUUUGGGUUUGGGAGGUUGAAGAAGAUGAUGAGUAUGAAUGCAGUGCAGUAUUGAAUGCACACACACAGGAUGUCAAAAAGGUGAUAUUCCAUCCAGAGAAAGAGAUCCUGGCAUCAGCUUCCUAUGAUUGUACCAUAAAAAUGUUCAAGGAAGAUCCUUCAGACCAUGAUUGGAUUUGUAUUGGUACACUGGCAUCCCAUGAUUCUACAGUGUGGUCAAUCUCAUUUGAUAAAACUGGUGACCGGAUAGCGUCCGCCAGUGAUGACAAAACUGUGAAGAUUUGGAAGGAGUAUGCACCUGGUAAUCCUGAGGGUGUGUCCACCACUGACAAUGAAAGCACUUGGAAGUGUGUUUGUACUCUAGCUGGAUACCAUACAAGAACAAUCUAUGACAUUCAUUGGUGUAAAGUCACUGGGCUGAUUGCCACUGCUUGUGGAGAUGAUGUAGUUAGGAUCUUCAAGGAAGAUGAAGGAAGUGAUUCCAAUGCUCCCACAUUCAGUCUGGUAUCCGAUAAUGAACGCGCACAUUCUGAGGAUGUUAAUUGUGUUGCAUGGCACCCAGAAGGACAUGUAUUGCUUAGUUGCAGUGAUGAUGGAGACAUCAAAGUUUGGAAAUAUGUGGACUAAGAGUUUUGUAAAGAAAAUAUAUGAUUGGUCACUUGAAAAUGACUAAAUAAAUGUUAUAUUUGUUUGUUA